AUGAAUGAAUUUCGACCACCUGAUGUGCUAAUAUUUAGCGGUAAUCUGUCCGAAAACUGGAGACGUUGGUCCCAGCGCUUUGACCUGUACCUAAAGGCAAGCGGAAAAGAUAAGAAGGAUGAAAAAAUCCAGGUAGCCAUUUUGCUUCACGUCAUCGGGGAGGAAGGUAUAGAAAUCUUCAAUAAUUUCGCCUGGACGGAAGAUGAUGACAAAGAAAAAAUUCAAGCAGUCUUAGAUAAAUUCAAAGAUUAUUGUAUGCCCCGCAAAAACACACUAAUUGAACGGUACCUGUUCUGGGAAAGAAAACAAACCGAAGGGGAAACCCUCGACCAAUUCGUCAACGAUUUGAAAACAAAGGCUAAAAACUGUGAGUACGGUGAUCAAACAAAUUCAAUGAUAAGAGACAGAAUCAUAUUUGGUAUCCAGGAUGAAAGAUUGAGAGAAAGGCUCUUGCGAGAAAGCGACAACCCUACACUCGGAAAAGUUGUAGAUAUGUGUAGGGCAGCCGAGGCAAGUAAAAAGCAAUUGAAGGCAAUUAAAGGUGAAGCUCAGGUAGAUGCAAUCUCAAAGAAAUCUCACACAAAAGAACACUUCCCUGUAGCACAAACAAAGCAGAAAAAAUUCGCAUCAACAGCCUCAAAACCCCUGCAUAAAGUCUACAAAGAAAAAACAUUUGACUGCAAGAAAUGUGGCAACAAUCAUAAACCCAAUUCUUGUCCAGCAUACGGAAAAAAAUGCAGGUUGUGUCAGAAACCUAAUCAUUUCGCAAAGCAAUGUUUCACCAAGAAAAGAAUACAUGAAGUAGAACACUUUGAUGUAGAAUCUGACUCAUCAGACAAUCAGCUAUACAUAGGCGAACUCAAAGUCCACACAGUAGAAUCACAGAAUCAUUCAAAGGGAGACAACGCAUGGUAUUCACUUGUCAAUAUAGAGAACAAAACUGUGAAAUUCAAGUUAGACACGGGCGCCGAAACAAACGUUAUCCCGAAAAGCUUGUUCAGCAAAUUAAAGAACGCAAAACUCCAACAAACACGUGUCAACUUAACGACGUAUGGAAACAAAGUCGUAAAGCCGCUGGGUAGAUUGAAUCUAAAUCUGAAAACGCAGAAUAACUCUCAAAGUAGUGAUGCCGAAUUUUACGUUGUUGAUUUCGAUGCAACUCCGAUUCUUGGGUUGAAAACUUGUUCGCAGAAGAAAGUAGAAGUUGUCAAAAAACAAAAUGAAAAUGUGACAAUGAAAUCGCUACUAGCCGAAAAAGAAGUUUUUCAUGGCUUAGGAAAAUUCGAAGGCCAAUACCAUAUAGAGCUGGAUCCGACAGUCAAGCCAGUGAUCAAUCCACCCAGAAGGGUACCACACACAAUCAUGCCGAGACUAAGGAAAGCUUUAGAAAAGUUAGAGGAAAGCGGUGUAAUCGUGGCAGUCGAAGAAGCAACAGACUGGGUUAACAGUUUAGUGAUAGUUGAGAAGAAAAAUGGAAAUCUUAGACUGUGUCUAGACCCGAGAGACCUUAAUAAGGCAAUCAAAAGACAACAUUUCAAAAUACCAACUGUACAAGAGAUUGUUUCACAACUUAAUGGGAAAUCGCUCUUUACAAUCUUGGAUGAAAAAGAUGGAUAUCAUCAAGUAGAAUUGGACACUGAAAGUUCGUAUUUAUGUACAUUUCAAACUCCAUUCGGUCGUUACCGUUACACACGACUGCCAUUUGGAAUCUCAAGUGCUAGUGAAGUCUUCCAGAGGAAAAAUAUGCAAACAUUCGGUGAUAUUCAAGGAGUGCACAUGAUAGCAGACGACAUGAUAAUUGCCGGAAAAGACGAAACAGAGCAUGAUGAAACGCUUAGAAAGGUGAUGAAAAGAGCGAAAGACAAAAACAUUAAAUUCAACAAGGACAAGAUUCAGUUGAAAGUUCGUGAAGUCAAAUACAUGGGAAAUAUUGUCAGUGCGGACGGAAUGAAGCCCGAUCCGGAGAAAAUAAAGGCAAUUCAGAAAAUGCCUGUUCCGACAGAUAAAGCCGGAAUUCAAAGAUUAUUGGGAACAAUAAAUUUUCUUGCACAGUAUAUACCGAAUAUGUCCGAGAUUACUGCUCCACUGCGUACGAUACUCAAGGAAAACGUACCAUUUACAUGGCAACAUGAACAAGAUGAGGCGUUAAACAGGAUAAAAACAGCACUUACAGCAAACCCAGUGUUGACGUACUACGACGUUACAAAAGAUGUGACUAUUCAAACUGAUGCAUCUCAAAGUGGAAUUGGAUCCUGUCUUUUACAGAAUGGAAAAGUAAUUGCGUAUGCGUCGAAAUCUAUGACGGACGCGGAGAAAAAUUAUGCGCAGAUAGAAAAGGAGCUACUUGCUGUUGUAUUCGCCUGUGAGAAAUUCAAUCAGUACAUAUAUGGCAAAAAAGUGUUAGUGCAGACCGACCACAAGCCGUUGGAGGCAAUUAAAUCAAAACCACUUCACAGAGCUCCACCAAGUUUACAACGGAUGUUGCUCAGGCUCCAGAAGUAUGAUUUAGAUCUCAAAUACACACCGGGAAAAUUCAUGUAUGUGGCCGACACACUUUCACGCGCAUUCGUAAAUGAAAACGACUCAAAGCAAGAACUCGAUGAAGAAAUGGAUAUAAUGAUACACACAUUGAUCCAAAAUUUGCCAAUCAGUGACGACAAACUGUCUGAAAUGAGAAAUGCGACAAUGCGUGAUCCGGAACUAAUAAAUUUAAAAACAAUUUUGGAGGAAGGAUGGCCACACCACAAGAAGAAUCUUCCGGAAAGUAUCCGACCGUAUUGGAAUUACAUGGCAGAAAUCCAUGAAGCAGACAACUUGAUGUUUGUCGGAGACCGGAUUAUUGUACCGUUGGAGCAAAGAAAUUAUGUAGUCAGCAAAAUUCAUGAAAGCCAUUUGGGAAUGGAGAAGUGCAAAUCAAGAGCAAAGCAGUCCCUUUAUUGGCCAAACAUGUUUGCAGAUAUAGAAAUGAUUUGUAGCCAGUGCUCUAUUUGUAAUAAAUUCAAACGACAAAAUCAGAAAGAAACUUUGAUCCAACACGAAAUCCCUGCGCGACCGUGGCAAAAAGUUGGAAUUGACAAUUUCGAAUAUAAAUCUCGGAAUUAUGUUCUGGUAGUUGAUUAUUACUCGAAAUUUGUUGAAAUAAGGCUGCUGCAAGGAACAAAUGCACAGUCAGUUGUGAACAAUUUGAAAGCUAUUUUCUCAGUUCAUGGAAUUCCCGAGGAAAUAGUUUCCGACAAUAUGCCAUUCAACAGUCAUUUCUUUAAAACGUUCACCAAGGAGUACAACAUUAAACUGUCAACGUCAAGUCCAACGCAUAGUCAGUCGAAUGGGAUGGCAGAGAGAAGCAUUCAGACCGUGAAACAACUUUUCAAUAAAGCACAUGCAGAAGGAAAAGAUGAAUGUAUUGCUCCAUUAGAGUACAGAAACACACCUGUGACAGGGAUGGACUAUUCUCCUGCUCAACUGUUAAUGGGAAGAAUGCUUAGAGACAUCAUACCGACCAAUCCGAAACUUCUUGAACCGAAAACACCGGAAAAUGCGAAAAUGAUGCUGAAACAGAGACAACAAAAGCAAAAACUGUAUUACGACAAAAGUGCAAAAGAUAUGAAACCGCUCGAACUCGGAGAUCCAGUGCGAUAUAGAUAUGGCAAAACUUGGGAACCAGCUGUUAUUGUGGAAAAACACAACUCACCAAGAUCGUACAUUAUAUCAACAGAAAGUGGACAAACAUUAAGAAGAAAUCGUAAACAUAUAAUGAAAACUAAAGAAGAACCGAUUCCGAUUACAGACGAGGAAGAUCACAUCGUGUUACCGAAAAGUCAGAAUGAACAACCCGAAGGCCGUGCCGAACAGCAAGUUCCGAGUCCAAGACCUAAAAGAACAAUCGUGAAACCAGCAAGGUUCAGGGACGAUAACUUUAUUCAAUGA